AUGAACUUUAAUAUAAGCAAUAGACUUAGACCAUAGACUACUUAUUCAAUGUCAUAAAAAGAUGUAUUCUAAUCUUAGUAAUUUUUAGCUAAUGUCUGGUAAAUUUUCAUAGAAUGAUCACUAACUCAUUAAUAAAUUGUUAGAUAAAAAUGCUGCCUACUUUGAUCAUGUUCAAGGUUAAGUCUAUUCAUAAUUUAUAGAUCAAUGUAUUUGUGGAUUAUGUAUAUGUGGUGGAUGCAAAUGUGGAUUAGAAAGAUUAAAAGAAUAAUAAGGAAUGGCUAUGAAAUCAUAGUAUCAACAAGACUAUGUUGAAAAAUAACCAUUAAGAAAUAAAUCAAUUUCAUAAUUACCAACUUAUAAAGAUGAUUAUACUAUGAAAUUCGAAACUACUUAAAGAGUAAUUAAAAACAGUUAUCUUAGCUUGAUUUCAAAGAUCCAAAACAGAGACCAUAAACUUCCUAUAAACCAGAACAACCUAGAUUUGUAUAAACUUUUCAUGCUGGUUCUACUUAUUAAUUGACUCAUACUAAAAUGCCUGAAAGUGAAUGAAUUUGUUUAUAAUUAGAUGAGAAGGUGAAUAUAAUACCUUAAAAUCAUCCAACAGUUAUGAAAGAUCUUAAAUUCUUAGGAUCAAGUGAAUAUAAAAGAAAUUUUAGCGGAACACCAAUUACUAAAGAAAGAAACCUUAUAUUUGGAGCUCAUAGCAGUUUUGGGUAAUUAAAUUAAUAAGAUGGUCAAGAAAUCCCAUAAAUCCAGGAUUGCCCUUUUUUGGAUCGACUACUUCAUCUAGAGCCUUUAAGCCUUUUAAGGCAAAGAAAACUAGACCUACAAAAUCUACCACUUAAAUCUAAAGUGUACCAACAUUUGAUGGUUAAUUUUCAACAAUAACAAAAUUGGAUUUUGGUGAUAAAUCUCUUUAGAUUUGUCCUGCAAAAGCGAUUCUUAAUUAAAAAAAAAACUCUAAUCGUUCUGGGUUUUGA